CUCCACCCAUCCCAAGAAGAGCCGCCCUACCUAUUCCUUCUCCCCGCCGUCGAGCUGCCCAACCCAGAGCACCAGCAGCCCUCACCUCCUUCCUCUCGGCCGGUCCUUCCAACGAGCCCGCUGGUCUUGGAGCCGCCACCGUUCUCGUUCUGGACGAACGUUCAAGGAGAUUGCAUUUGUGGAUGCUCUAAUGGAGUCGAAAGGUGGCAAGAAGUCUAGUAGUAGUAGUAGUAAUUUCAUGUACGAAGCUCCCCUUGGCUACAAGAUCGAGGACGUUCGCCCAGCCGGAGGAAUCAAGAAGUUCCAGACUGCUGCUUAUUCCAACUGCGUCCGCCAGCCAUCCUGAUAUCGCCUCACAUGCAAUUCGCGGUAGAGUAGGAUUUUAAUUCAGUUUUCCUCUUGUGUCGGUAGUUUUCCGUUGGCUCUGGCUGCCUUCCUCUGCUUCUGAGAUUCCAACUUGUCUUGCCCAUCUCUCCUUUUCCUCUCUCAUCCUCUCUUUCUUGCAACGUCAUCCAGUGGCGAUGUCUUCAGCAGAUUCUUGUGUCUCUUCUCCUGCCUCCCCUAUUGGCUUUGAGGGCUAUGAGAAACGCCUCGAGAUCACGUUCUCUGACGCGCCUGUUUUUGAGGACCCUUGUGGUCGUGGCCUGCGCGCCCUCUCCCGUGAGCAGAUCGACUCGUUUCUGGAUCUCGCACGGUGCACCAUAGUGUCACAGCUCUCCAACGAGAGCUUCGACUCAUAUGUUCUGUCCGAGUCCAGCCUCUUUGUGUAUCCCCACAAGGUUGUUCUGAAGACCUGUGGGACGACGAAGCUGCUGCUCGCCAUUCCUCGCAUCCUUGAGCUUGCUGCAGGGCUGUCACUGCCUCUUCUUUCUGCGAAGUACUCUCGUGGGACCUUCAUCUUCCCCGGCGCGCAGCCCGCGCCACACCGCAGCUUCUCGGAGGAGGUAUCUGUGCUGAACGCUUUCUUUGGUAACCUCAAGUCCGGUGGCAAUGCCUACCUGAUCGGUGAACCGUUCAAGCCCAACAAGAAGUGGCAUGUCUACUACGCCACAGAGGAGCCUGAGCGUCCUAUGGUGACGCUUGAGAUGUGCAUGACAGAGCUUGACGUUAAGAAAGCUGCUGUGUUCUUCAAGAACUCCACUGGUGGCAGCUGCACUUCAGCUAAAGAGAUGACGAAGCUCUCGGGGAUUCAUGAGAUCAUUCCCGAGAUGGAGAUCUGUGACUUCGAGUUUGACCCCUGUGGGUACUCGAUGAAUGGCGUCUUAGGGCCUGCAGCCUCCACCAUCCACGUGACACCCGAGGAAGGUUUCAGCUACGCAAGCUACGAAGCUAUGAACUUCGACCCCAGCUCACUGGUCUACAGCGAUGUGAUCAGGAGGGUCCUGGCAGGCUUCUCUCCUUCGGACUUCUCGGUCGCAGUUACCAUCUUUGGUGGCCGUGGGUUCGCCAAAUCAUGGGCGACGGGUGCAGACAUCGAUUCCUACAUGUGCGGUGAUCCUGUAGAGCAAGAGCUUCCUAGUGGCGGUCUGCUGAUGUACCAGAGCUUUACUGAUGUUCCCUCUGGCUCUGUAUCGCCAAGGUCGACCUUGCAGACGGAUGGCUGGAGCAGCGAUGGAAUGGAGAUGGCCUCAAAUGACGAGAUGUGUAUUGGCUGCUGGAAUGCGGUGAAGAAGGUGGUGAAGAAAGAUUUGGAUGCUUAAAGAUUUGGAUAACUUAGGUGGUUCUUCACCUAAGUUAUGAAGAAGUCUGAGACCUCUGUCUCUCUGUUCUUUUGGUUUCAGUUAAGCAGUUAGCUGGGCUACCGGCAAUUUGUUUGCUUAAUAUUUUUCCUGUUCAAUAAGUACUCUGGAUCUGCGUCUGCCAUAGUGCUUGAUAUUAUUUUUGUUGUUAGUCAGUGGGUCUUCAACGACUGAUGUUAUUCUUGUUCUCAACAGAAGCCAUCAACACGACAUGAGAUUAUUCUUGUUCAUCAACGUAACACUAGCAGUGUUAUUUAAUUAGUUACAUAGUCUCAGUAUGAGCACCAAGUUUUGUCAAUGUUUUGAUUCACACUCUUGUUGGACAGGUUUAUAACACAGCAUAUAUAUGUUUUUCC